AUGCGCUAUGCUAUGAUCAGUGGAACGUGCAUUGACCUCGAGCUGCUGACAGGUAGACGGUACUCGUCUAUCAUUCUGAAGACUGUUAUUGAACUGAGCCGAGAAGUACGACGACUUCUGGGAAGAAUGGUCCCUACAAGUCGCUCAAAUACCGUUGGACAGCACCAGCAAGGCUGGUCGAACUGUCAAGCUCCCCCCGUUCACGCUGACAACCAUGAGACAGCAGCAGGGGAAGCACCACAUGUCAAGGACGACCUCCUCUUCGCUAUAAUGCAUCUCGUCAAAGCAAGCACGGUCAACCUGUCCUCGGGUCGCAUACACCCUGGCUCUUUCGACAGCGCAACAGGCAUAUUCGGCCUAUUUACGCCCACGUUGUUCCUUCAACGACUUCAGUCUCUGCAUCUCUGGGGUCGCUCUUGCCCAUUCCAAAACAAAGGGAAGGAGUUAGAUGCACAGGCUGCUCAGCAUCUCUCGGCGCUGGCGUCCCUGGUCUCCCUCAGGGGCGGGCUCCGCAGUAUUGAUACGCCCGGCUUUGCCGAGGCUUUGCACUUAUUCGGCGUCAUUGAAGCGGCGAAGGGCUUGAGCAGGCCUAGGUUCGAGCUACCGGAAACGAGUGUCUGGUUCUUGAGACUCAUCGAAGGCUCGCGGGUCGAGGCCGCACGUGCUUUGAGCUUCGGUGCAUUUGGAAGCAUUCUUGAUGAGCCUUUAUUGCUGGAGAUUCUGGCGGAUAUACACAUUCUCUGUUCCUGGACCUCAAGAGCAUUCGGUCUCCAUUGUCGCUAUGGUGGUGAAGGGGAUCUAGCUUCGGUUCCGGUGCAUCCGCCCCUGGCUGAGAAUAUCUCCACUCUCAGGAACUCGAUCGAGUACCGCUUGCUCAUAUACUCGCCUGAAUCAGACAUCGCCAUUGAAAAGUUGGCGCACACGGCGAUGCUAGUGUUCAUGCACGGGGUUCUUUUCCCGCUGCCGCAUCGGACGUCGAUGAUGCAGUUGGUUGAAAGGCUGAUUGAGACCGUCCGCAGCCAGUGCCAGGGCCAGGGCCAGCACAUGGAAUUCCCACUCCUCCAUCCGGAGCAUCAGAAGUUCCUCACCUGGGUAGUCACGAUGGGCGUCAUGGCGACUUCGGAUGCUGAUAUUCUGGAACGAGCAUUCCUCGUCAGACAACUCGCGCUGUUCUUGGGGCAUAUGCGCAUAUCGAGCUGGGCAGAUCUGAAGUCGAUCUUGGAAGAUUACCUGUGGGUUGGGUGGACGUGCGAUUCGGGGGGGAUGUAUGUAUGGAGUAUGCUGGUCGAGCAUGGUAUGUAG